AUGCUGCGCUGUUCCCAUAUAUUCCGUGAUGUUAACUUUACCGGUAUACAAAUGCCACGUAAGUAUGUUUCCAUCGGUGGCUGGUGUGGUCCUGCAUUAAUGUUGGGUAAACUUGGUCUGCGCACUGAGGCCUACCCGUUUGACUUCAGUCGCUGCACAUUGGAUGGAAUUCUCCACUUUAUUCGCAAUGGCUUUGCGCAGGGCUUCUACCCACCAGGCCCACCGCCCUACCGACCAGAGUGUGUGGGCAUUUGGGUCCUCUAUCGCGGGCAACACACCGCCUUUGCCCACUUUGAUCUCAACAGCGCGGAGAUACAGGCGCAGUUUACUCGCAAGAUGCGACGUUGGGAUCAAUUGAUAGAUGCACCAAAGAUGCCAGUAACGUUCUUUCGCUCUAUCGCUGCACGUGAUCCAAUGGAUGAAAUACGACUCGUACCACAAGUGGAAGAAGCUAUUGCAGCUCGUAAUCCAUCAUUGGAUUUUCGUAUUGUUAUGAUUGCACAUGAUCAAGGAUUAAAGGCCCGUAGUGUUGAAUUCGCCCCACUUUCACCUCGUGUUUCUCUUUGGGCACUUACCUACACAAAAGACACCAACUUCACCCUCUUUGAUCGCGCACAACAGGCCUAUACUGAUAUUGUACUUCACAGUAUUGAAGAAGAAAAUUGGCCACUUAAUCCAAAUAAAAUCCCAGAACCGGUAGGAUUACAUGAAACAGAAGCGGAUUACAUGCAUCGUGUUUUGUAUAAAAGUGAUGAGUCCACUAUUCCUUUUUCAUCUCUAACAGCAGAAACUUUCCCAUGGCGUAGUCAUAAUAACAUUGCCCUCAUUGACGGUGUGGCAAGUGUAGGAGGAACUUGUAUUGGUAUAGGCAGUACACAAUGCAUAGAUGGUCGCUGUGCUUUCUGUGGUAACACUGAUUAUCACAAGGCAGGACGUCCCUUUCGCACUGAACGUCCCUUCACCGAUGAAGAAGAUCAGUUGAUAUUAGUACAUUUAUACCGUAUCCUUACAGGUGGAGAUAAAGUGGAGGCCGUUGAAGAUUUGGCACACCAGAUGAAUCGUGGUGCUUUUGAAGUUAUUUGCCGUAUUCAGUAUCUUACUAAUUCUAGUGUUAAGAUCAUGGACUAUUUAGAUGAAGAGAAAGACAACUAA